AUGACGAUGCCGACUCCUCCUGAAUCGCUUGUGCAGUAUGGCGAGCCGGUUUUCACGGGCGAGAGGCUCGAUCCACCCAAGAAGGUCCCGGGUGUCUCCAAUUCAGGAUCUUCCUCGAACUCAACCACCGCAGCAAAUGUCGUGGCAGCAGCAAGUGAAUCGGCUGGAUCAACCGCUAAUGGUAAAGGCCCCGAUGGUGUCGCCCGGGUCGAAGACAUAUUAAAUGCCAUUUUACCUCCACAGAUGUGGUCUGAAGAAAAUUCGGGGUUCUGGCUUCGUUACGCAUCGAGUGUUCUCUCGACUCGCUUCGAUGUGUUGAAAUUGCAGGCAGCUCUUGAUGCCAAGCUACUACAACGGCAAGCUCGCGAAUGUGGCAUUUGUCCUGUUCGAGAGUAUCUGUACUCGCAAGCUUUCGAUGAACUAAUCCGUGAGGUGACACUUAAUUGUCCCGAGAGAGGAUUGCUCUUAUUGCGUGUUCGUGAUGAACUGCGACUCACAACUGAUGCGUACAAGAUGCUCUACGACUCAAGUCUGAUCUUCGGGGCUCGGAAACAACUACAGGCUGAAGAUGGCAUGGGAGAUCUAGCAGAGCAGACUGCAAGUCUUCAGCGUGACAAGGAGGAGAGCGAGAGCAAAGUGGCUGAACUCACCAACAAACUCGAGGUUAUUGAGAAACGUGCAGCCGAACGCAAGGCCCUGCAAGAGAAGAAGUUUAAGGAGGAACUGGACUUUUUCAAGUACCAAGGACAACAUCUUGAUGCCUUUCUCAAGUCUGCAGGAGGUGGUCCUGGCGCUUCUGCGGGUGCCAAGUGA